UCCUCUAUAACAAUUGAACAAAACCCCCAAAAGUAUAUAGACCCCAAGUUAUACUGUGAUACAACAACUCUAGAAAAAAAAAGGCUACAAAAAUCAAUCCUUCUACCCGAGACAUUCCUACGAUAUCAGCUCUUCAAGCCUCCAUUCAACCAACCCUCCACCACCACCACCACACAUAACACCAUGGGCGCCCUAGAAUUCCUCUGCUCAACGCGCUUCCACAAAUCCCUCACCCUGCCCCCUAACCCUUCCACGAACCGCCUCACCCCUCUUCGCGUAACGUACUCGGACUUCGGCGCCGCCGAGAGCAGUAACGUGGUGUUGUUCUGCGGCGGGCUGUUUGGGACUCGCUUGACCUAUGCGGUGCUGGAUCGGCUUGCGAAGGAGAAGGGUGUUAGGAUUGUUUGUCCGGAUCGACCUGGAAUUGGGGGGACGGGGGAUGAUGGAGGAGGUGUAAGGGCGAGGGUUGCAUUGUGGCUUGAAAUAGUCCCCUCCCUCCUAACACACCUCUCAAUCCCCUACGUCUCUCUGGGCUCUCACAGCGCAGGCACAAUCUACGCCUUCAACAUCCUCCUCUCCUAUCCCCACCUCCUGCACCCUACAACGCCAUCCAUCACCUUCUUCGCCCCCUGGGUCCACCAAUCGCACACCAAAGUCGCAAAACUCCAGGCCGCAGCCCUCCUACCCGCGAGCCUAAUCGGCGGACUAUCCCCGCUCGCCAAAUUCGUGAAUGGCAACGUCAUGCCCGUCGUAGCGAGCAGCGGGGGGCUAUUAAAAGGUAUGCGAACAUCAUUAUCCAACCCAUCCACACCCACAUCCUCGGAACUAUCCUCGACGAGCGCAGACAGAGGUAGCGACGACGCCAGCGCGGGGCUCGAAACUCUCGAUCUGAACCUCGAUGACGCGAAAGUCGUUGCAGAGCUUCGCAAUCACAUCGCCACGUUCGUGUUCGCCGAGGAGCUGGCUGGUGUGUCGGAGGACGCGCAGCUUCUUCUCCGAAAACCGGCGUCCGAAAUCACGGCGUGGUGUCCUGCGUCUUCUGCGCGGCAGUGGACCGAUAUCGAUGAUAUCCCCGCUUUGCUAUCCCAGCUCGUCGACGAGGAAAAGGCGCUGGGACGGGAGCGGAAGUGGUGUGUUGAUGUGUUUCAUGCCGAGAGCGAUCAUAUGACGGGGGAUCGGGGACGGUCGUGGUUCGAUGAGUGUUGGAAGAAGGAAGAGACGAAGGGGAGGUUUGCGUAUAGGAGUAAGGUUGUGGUGGGUGGGGAUCACGAUUUUUUGGUCGAUCCGGGGGUUGGGGCUAGUCGGGUUUGGUUGGAGAGGUUGGGUGAGAUUGAUGGUGGCGAACGCGGUACGUAG